CUUACGCUUUCUUCUGCACAAGAUGAACCGACUCGCGUCAGCUACGUUUUUGGCCUUCCUCGUACUGUCCGUUUCAGUCUAUUGCAAGACUCAGACGCAGCAGGUCUUACAACAUCUUGCACCGAUCGUGAAGUUGGAUGAUGGGAUAUUCACCGGCAUAUUAUUUGACGACACGGCACAAUUUUUGGGCAUUCCAUUCGCUCAACCCCCCAUCGGGAGCCUUCGCUUCCAGGUCCCUCAACCGUUGCCCCCUUAUGAAGGUGAACACCCUGCAGAUGCCUAUGGUCCAGCCUGCCCCCAGCAGGGGUCAUCGACCAAGAGAGGGAUGAUUACUGCGUCAAGUGAAGAUUGUCUUACACUCAAUGUCUUUACGCCUGCUAUUACGUUCCCUGGGUCGAAACUGCCUGUGGUCGUGUACAUAUUCGGGGGUGGUUUCGAAACAGGCACCAGUCGAUCAGAGUUCGGCAAUAUCACGGUUAGUAGAUCCUUGCAUAUGCAUGAGCCAGUUAUCUAUGUCAGCAUGAACUAUCGGUUGAGCGCUUGGGGAUUUCUAGCGAGUGAAGAAGUUAAGCAGGCUGGCACUGGAAACCUAGGCCUCCGAGAUCAGCGACUUGCACUUCAUUGGGUGCAGAAGUAUAUCGGCGCAUUCGGAGGCGAUCCAGCAAAGGUAACCAUAUGGGGUGAAAGUGCUGGAGCAAUAUCCGUCGCUCUCCAGAUGCUUGCUUAUGAUGGUAAUAACGAAGGUCUCUUUCGUGCUGCAUUUAUGCAGUCAGGAUCCCCGACACCAAUGGGCGACAUCACCCACGGCCAACGUUAUUACGAUUUUAUUGUUGACGAAACAGGGUGCAAAGGGUCGAGCGAUACGUUGGAAUGCUUGCGAGGGGUACCCGGAGAUGUUUUACAAGCUGCUGUGGACAAAACACCGUCCUCCUCAUCUUACCAGUCACUCGUUUUGGCUUGGAUGCCUAGGGCAGAUGGAACGUUUUUGUCAGACAACUUCCAACGCCUCAUCCAGAAGGGAAAAAUUGCCAACGUGCCAUUUAUCACAGGUAACUGCGAUGACGAGGGAACGACCUUCUCCUUCAGCACUGCCAACAUCACGACAGGCGAACAGUUUCAUAAGUAUUUGAAAACAUAUUGGGCGCCAAAUGCAACGGAUGAGGAGAUCGAUGGCAUCUUACACGUGUAUCCCGAAGACCCGACCACUGGGUCUCCGUUUGGAACGGGGACGCUCAACCAGUUAACUCCGCAAUUCAAACGCAUAGCUGCUUUUCAAGGAGAUUCAGUAUUUCAAGCUCCGAGGCGGUUCCUUUUAUAUGAACGAUCGGGGAGACAGAAGAUUUGGACCUAUCUCAGCAAAGGUCUAAAGGCAGUCCCAUUGUUAGGCUCGUUUCACGGCUCAGACUUCAUUGAUGAGAUGCGGGGCGGUCAAGGGAGCUUGUUGGAUCACUUGAUUAGAUUUGCAACCAACCUCGAUCCUAACGGAGAUCUCAGCGGUAUCUUCUGGCCACAAUACACUGUAGAGUCAAAGGACAUGCUGAUGAUUGGCGAAUGGCCUUGGUCCCCACCUACCAUUAUCCAGGACGUAUAG